UUACAUUUAUUUCAUAAUCUGAAAGAAGAAUAGCGUUUGGAAUAAUGGCAACAGGAGACCUAAAAGGAAGUUUAAGAAAAAUAGAACAAGGACUUCGCUUGUUAAAUUAUCCAAGAGAUGUGGAUUAUACAGUGUUAGUAAAGGGUGAUCCAGCUGCAUUUUUACCUAUCAUCAGCUAUUCUUUUACAUCUUUUUCAACUUACAUAGCAGAACUUUUGGUAAAGUGCAACGUGGAACUCACAGCAAAGAGUGACUUGCGUUUUAUUGAAGCUAUUUAUAAGCUUCUUCGAGAUCAAUUUCAAUAUAAACCAAUUUUAACAAAGCAGCAGUUUCUUCAGUUUGGCUUUGCAGAAAGAAAAAUGCAGAUUGUUUGUGACAUUAUCAACUGUGUGGUGAAAAAACAUAAAGAAUUAAGUAACUCAAAUAAGGUUAAAUCCCAAACGAGGAAAAAACUCAGAUCUUUUAAAUAUGAAGUAUGGUCAAAUUGUGAUAAUGUCCUUGCUGAUCCUAGUGGCAGUGAUCUGAAUUCCAAACAGAAGCCUCAAGUAGAACGGCACUCAGGAAAUGAAGUUAAUGGUGACCUUCAUCCACUACCCCUUCCAGCACAGGGAGGUAAUGAAGAGGAAUUGUACCUAGACCGUGAUGUUGUGGAAGUUAAAUGUGAACAAGUCAUAGAAGAUAAUUCUCAGAUUGAGUUCCUAAAGAGUCAGCUUGCUGAUUGCCAGGAAAAGCUUCAUAAGCUAGAUUGGAUGGAAGAUAAACUAUGUGUUCUAGAAGAGAAACUGAAAGGAAAGGUGAUCAUAGAUGAGAAGGACUGGAAUAACUUGUUGAGUCGAGUUUUGCUUCUUGAAACAGAACUUUUGUUGCAAUCCAAAAAGAGAGACUUACCUACAGAGUUUGGCAAUGUAAGUCAAGAAUGUACUUCUAGUAGGAUUCCAGUUUCUCCUGGUACAGAGAGGAAGGAGGAGAUGCCAGAGAGUCUUCAUCAGUGGUCUGGAUACAGUUCACUAUUAUCCACAGACCCAUCACCCAAAGCCAUGACCAUUAAUUCUCAUGAUUUGACAGAUGUUUCAAAGGAGACAACAAGACAAAGAAUGGAAAGGAUAAGUAAAAUAAUUGAAGAAACCUCAGAAUUGUUGAAAACAUCAAGCAACACCUCUGAGAAGACCUGAAAGCACAGGUUUUCAGACCUGGUCCCUGUAGACUUAUGGAUAUCAGAACUAAUAUGUAUGUUUGUACAGCGUUAAAUUUUUAAUAUAUCAAAUUUGUUAUGAUCACCAGUCCUUUUAUUCCUUUG